CGAUGACGCAGGCGGCGCUGCAGGCGCGCCUGCGGGCCCUCGAGGAGCGGCUCGUGCCCGCGGAGAUGUCCGCCGCCGCCGCCUUGCCCCCGGGACCGGCCACGGCCGCGGAGCCAGAGAAGGACGGCGCAUCCGGCACGGGUGGCAAGCAGCUGCAGGAGCCGCCAGAGCCGCAGGAGCCUCAGGAGCCCCAGGAGAGGCCCGAGAAGCUCGAGUCCGCCGCAGCCGCCGCCGCCCUCUCCGAGCGCCUCGCCGCGUUCAAGAUGCGCGGCGUGGACGUGGACUCCGCCAGGUCCAUCGACGCCGACGGCCUGACGCCUGCGCAGAGGCUGCUGUGGCCGGAGAUGGCGAAGCAGAAGGCGCAGAAGGCAGAGGGGCUGACCGCCGCCCAGAAGCGCCUCUGGCCGGACCUCGCCGAGGCCGCCGAGGGCGCCACGCCCACGACGCGGCAGCCGGAGCAGCCCGCCGCGGCCGCGACGGGCAGCGACCUGCGGGCCCUCUUCGACCUCCAGCUGGCCGAGCUCGGCAGCCAGCUCGGCGCGGGCCUCCGCGCCCUGCCCUUCCCCGCCGUGGAGGCCCCGGGCUCCGCGCUGACCUCCCCGCUGCCGCUGGCGGGCACGGCGCCGGGCUCGGCGCUGCCGCCGCUGCCGGGGCUGGCGCCGCUGGCGCCGCCUCCGCAGGGCCCCCUGGGGCCGCCCCCGGGCAUCCCCCUGCC